CCCCCCGGGCUCUCUUCUCCUUAAGUGUCCCUGCAAGGAGAGUUCCAGAGGAAGCUCUACAAGGAUCUGGUGAAGAACUACAAUCCUUUGGAGAGGCCCGUGGCCAACGACUCGCAACCGCUCACCGUUUACUUCUCCCUGAGCCUCCUGCAGAUCAUGGACGUGGAUGAGAAAAACCAAGUUUUAACAACCAACAUUUGGCUGCAAAUGUCUUGGACAGAUCACUAUUUACAAUGGAACAUGUCAGAGUACCCGGGAGUGAAGACGGUUCGUUUCCCAGAUGGCCAGAUUUGGAAGCCAGACAUUCUCCUCUAUAACAGUGCUGAUGAGCGGUUUGACGCUACGUUCCACACCAAUGUGUUGGUGAAUUCUUCUGGGCACUGCCAGUACCUCCCUCCAGGCAUAUUCAAGAGCUCCUGCUACAUCGACGUGCGCUGGUUCCCCUUUGACGUGCAGCAGUGCAAGCUGAAGUUCGGGUCCUGGUCUUACGGAGGGUGGUCCUUGGAUCUACAGAUGCAAGAGGCAGACAUCAGCGGCUAUAUCCCAAAUGGAGAAUGGGACCUUGUGGGAAUCCCAGGCAAGCGGAGUGAGAAGUUCUACGAGUGCUGCAAAGAGCCGUACCCCGACGUGACGUUCACGGUCACCAUCCGCCGCAGGACCCUCUACUAUGGUCUCAACCUGCUCAUCCCCUGUGUGCUCAUCUCAGCCCUGGCCCUUCUCGUCUUCUUGCUCCCUGCAGACUCCGGGGAGAAAAUCUCCCUUGGGAUCACAGUUUUGCUCUCCCUGACUGUCUUCAUGCUGCUGGUGGCUGAGAUCAUGCCUGCAACGUCUGACUCAGUCCCCUUGAUAGCCCAGUACUUUGCCAGCACCAUGAUCAUCGUGGGCCUCUCUGUGGUGGUCACGGUGAUUGUGCUGCAGUACCACCACCAUGACCCGGACGGCGGCAAGAUGCCCAAGUGGACCAGAGUCAUCCUCCUGAACUGGUGCGCAUGGUUCCUGCGCAUGAAGAGGCCGGGGGAGGACAGAGUGCGGCCGGCCUGCCAGCACAAGCAACGCCGCUGCAGCCUGGCCAGCGUGGAGAUGAGCGCCGUGGCCGGGCCGCCCGCCGCCAACGGCAACCUGCUCUACAUCGGCUUCCGCGGCCUGGACGGCGUGCACUGCGCUCCGACCCCCGACUCGGGUGUCGUGUGCGGCCGCCUGGCCUGCUCCCCGACGCACGACGAGCACCUCCUGCACGGCGGCGGGCCGCCCCCCGAGGGGGACCCGGACCUGGCCAAGAUCCUGGAGGAGGUGCGCUACCUCGCCAACCGCUUCCGCUGCCAGGACGAGAGCGAGGCCGUGUGCAGCGAGUGGAAGUUCGCGGCCUGCGUGGUGGACCGCCUGUGCCUCAUGGCCUUCUCCGUCUUCACCAUCAUCUGCACCAUCGGCAUCCUCAUGUCUGCGCCCAACUUCGUCGAGGCUGUGUCCAAGGACUUCGCUUAACUCGGGCCGGGUCCCCGGCAUGUCGGAAACACACAGAUGGGCGAUGUUGUUGUGCUUCGGGAGAACUCGGGGUGCUGACCCCUCAGCAGCGUUAAACAUGAGGGUCCGAUGUACAGUAUCGUUGUCACUCAUAUGGCUUACAACUUCCUUGUCACUUUCAGUAACAGUCUCGGCACGUUUCUGUUUAACCCUCUCACAUGGGCCAUCUGAUACCCUUGGAGCAUCUUUAUGGUUGGUCAGCAGCACCACCGAGAGGUCACUCGGCCCGUUGCCGACUGCCUGGAGAGCCCUGCAGAGAGGUCCGGGUAGCUCAGGACUGACUGCCUGGGGAGGCCUGGACAGUCGGUUUUGCAUGCCUGCACGUCACCCGCCGAGAGGUCCUCACUAAAAUCCAGCAUCUGCUUUUGCUGUCUACAAACCUAGAUUGAUGUUAGUAAUAGUAAUAAUAAACCACCUUGCUAAACCAUCCAGUAAUUGACCGGUGAAAACAAACGAAGCUAAACUAAAACGAAAACCCCAAUGGCUGGUUUUCCUUUAGUUCAGACUUCAUUUUUCUCUACCAAAGACUGUUGGUAGAGAGAAACAGUUUUAUGCUAUUUUGACACUUUAGGAACGAGACAGUCAUAGUUGGUCUUGUACAUUAUCCCUUUACCAGUCUGAUUUCUGCCAACCUACCCCGUCAAGAGAAUUAGGAAGGAUUCAGCUGUGUGUUGACUCUGAACCAGGGCCAGACCCAGUUAAGUCAGGUGGCUUUCCGUCAACCCCAGGCACCCCCAAGCUUCCUGUGCUGCCCCAGACACUGGCCAGGGUUGAGGGUAGUUUACUGAGUCUGUUCUGCUCGGCAAAACCCAAAGGGCAAAUAGAGUUCAGUAAGAAUUACUGCCCAAUGUAAUAAUAGCUGAAGCUAGAUUAAACCGUCUAUGUGUUUCUUAAAAAAAUAAUAAUAAUGCAUUGGCUGCUUCAUACCUAUUGGACUUGAUUAAUCUUAGAAAUUUGGGGAUCCAUACAAAUGCCCAACAUAGAGUAAAGUGUUCUAUGAUUUUCUCCAAGUGUCAGGGCCAGGGGGCGGGGCUGGGACCUCUCUUGCUCCCUGCGGGGUGGCAUCUAGGAAGGGGAUGGCGUGACUGACGGCUUUCCUGGGGAACAGGCCAGUGGUGGUCAGCAGGAGGGGCUGCACAGCCAGUAGCUCCAGUUUCUGGUUUUCGGGGAUCUACUCCCCCCAAGCUUAUCACCCAACAAGCUGGCUGAAUGGGUGGAUUCACUGGAGAUGUGUGUUUUGAAACCAAGGGAAACUUUAUUUUAACUCCAAGUUGUGGCACGGUUCUCCACUUACAUUGUCUAGCUGAUGACAGUUACUUUGCCUCUUCCACUCUUACUGUUUAAUGAGAUCAGAGGAAUACACAAGACAGUGUCUUUGUUCUCUUGUUCCAUCCAGGGACUCUCAGAGCCCAAAACUGCAGAAGGCUUCUAAUCUCCUGGGCAUCUUCAAUUUGCUUCUAAUGCCCAAAAUGGCUACAUCCUGAAGGAAGAUAAGAUUUUUCAGAGCAAAAGAAAUUGCAUACACGUCUCCAGUCAUUUAUUUCAUUCUGUUCUGGAUAACACCAUGGAUUUGUUUGCACUGAGGAAGGUGGAGGCACUUGCAUGCUCUGUGUGUGUGUGUGUGUGUGUGUGUGUGUGUGUGUGAGUGCUAUGUGCGCACCUUCAGAGAAGGUACCUAGUUUACAACAAGAAGGUUGAUCAAUAAGGGAAUUCCAGCAUCAUGUCAUUCAGAGCAGGGCCGUCCUUAGGGUACCCUGGUUCGAUGGGAUGGAUGAAUAAUACACAAUCUUUUUUCUUUGUUUGUUUGUGUUUUUGUUCUCUUACACUGUCUUUAGAAACAACUAGAAGUGUUCUAUAUAUAAAGAGAAUGUUUCAUCUCUUAUUGCUCUUUGAAAUUGAUCCCUACUACCUUUUUGCUUCAAAAAAAAAACUUUUUGGUUUUGUAUUUUAUACAGAAAAAUAUUUAAAAAGCAAACAAAAGGAGCUCUUAUUUCAACCACCUGAAUAAUGACUCUGCGCAUUUUAUAACCUUCAAUGAAAAAGAAUAUAAAAAUGAAUAUAUAUAUGUCUAUGUAUGACUGGGACCUUAUGUUGUAACACCAGAAACUGAUGCAUUGUAACUGACUAUACUUCAAAAGAAAGUAGUAGUAAUUAGGAGAAGAUGCACACAUAAUAUGAAAAGAAAAGGGGUGAAAAUGAGGGCCCCCCACAUCCCUGUUUCCUCUUCUCACAGGGGACCACCAGUAAGCUCCUGGGGAGGGUGGGCAUUUCCAGGAAAGGAAGAAGGGACGGGAGACAGGGGGCAUGGAGAGAGACCUUCCUUUUCAAUCCUUUCUCAGCACCCUGCACUUCGCUUUCUUAAGAGAUCUUUCCAUAACGACAUAGAAAAUUGUUCUUAACUCUUUCCAGUAGCUGCUUAGGUUUCCGUGGUCCCCGUGUACUGCAAUUCCUUUGGUUAGUCUUUUACUAGUGAAAGUAGAGAGUAUUUCCUGUCUUUAUUUUUAUAGACAGAUGGACUUCUAUCCAAGCAUCCUUUUGUGACUGUAUCUUAUAAAUUCCAACUUGGAAAUGGAGUUACUGUUAAGUUAAGGUUACAUGCAUUUAACAUUUGUGUUGAUAUUGCCAGAUUAUUCUUCAAAGAUUGAUCACUGGAUACACUGACCAAGAGUAUAAUGAAAGGGUCCAUUUCUUAGUUUUUGCAGCUGGGUAUUAUCAAAUAACUGUUUUUCCAGUCUGGUGAAAAAUGAUAUUGCAGUGUUAUUUGGAUUUAGUUCGCUUUGUUAUGAGUGAAAUUGAACAUCAUUUCAAAUGUUUUCUGGUAAUUUUCUUUUUUGGUAAACUUAUGUCCUUUACACAAUUUUGGCUUUUUCUAAAAUAAUUUGCCUGUGUAUUUUGAAACCUUUCUGUCUUAUGUCUUCAAAACAUUCUUAUUUGUCUUUUGAUGUUAUUUAUUGAUUUGCUUAUGUAUUGUCAUAUAUAUGAAGUUUAAAGUUUUAUGUUGGCAAUUUAUCCAUAUUUUCCUGGUUAGAUCCUGGAAUUUUUUUCCAGUCCUAAAAAGGCCUUUCCCAUUCUGAGAUUAUAAAUAAAUCUACUCAUAUUUUCUUCUAAAUCCUUAUGGUUUCAUUCAUUUACCUUUACAUCUUCAGGAUUUUAUUUAUUGUAGGAAAUGGAGAUAAAGAUGUGUUUUUUCCCCCUCCAAACAGUCAGUUGAACCAACAAAAUAUAUAAGAGUGCAUAUUCUGUCAUACAAUUAUAGUCGAUUCCUCAUUUGUCCAAAAUGUCGCCUUAUUUGUAAGCUAAAUUCCUCUGUUUGGGUCUACUUCUGUUUUAUUGAUUUGUCUCCCUUUGAAUGCCUUUUGUUCCCGAGGUUUCAUUCCUAUUAGUAUAAUAUAUUCAUAUUUAUAUAAAUAUUUUCAAUUCAAGUCUACCUUCAACACUCUCUUGCUCUCUCUUUCUCUUUAACUCUUUCUCUCUCUCACACACACAUUUUUUAAAAUUGGGAUCACAGUGAAUUUAUAGAUUAAUUGAGUCCUUCAUCUCAAGAAUACUGCAGUCUAGGCUUGCAUUCAAAUCUAAUUCUGUGUCACCUGUCAAGCUUUACAGUCUUGUUCAGAUAGGAUCCAUGAACUCAUUAUUGUCUAUUUCUAGGUAUUUUAUCAUCUGGCUACCAUUUUCAGUGGAAUGAUUUUUUUCCAUUUUAUAUUCUAACCGGAUGUACGGGAAAGUGGUCGAUUUUGUAUAUCAGUGUUACCAUCAGACACCUUAAUUGUGAUUUAUUACUGUUUCUAAGAUUUCCUUUUGCCUCUCCCUUUGCAAGAAUUCCCCUUGUUUCUUCCUCUCAGCCAACUGCAUUUGAGAACAGUGUUAAGUGAUAGUGAUUCGGGUGGCCUGUCUGUCUUGUUGCUGGCUUUAAUGGGAUGGUUUAAUGUCUCACCAUUUAACUUGUAUGAAGACAUGUAUUUUCCUUGUCAUAAUAAAAAAAGUGUAUGUGUAUUCUCAAACUACCAAGGCUUUCUGGGGAGAAUGUAGAUGUUGGUCACAGCCUUCUCAGUAUCCCUGGGGAUGAUCAGAAGGGGUUCCCUGUUGUACGUGGUCUUAUUUUAGCAGAUUCCUUCAGACCAAACUGCGAUUAUGUUCCUGAGAUAACCUCUACCUAUGAUUUUUGCUGUCAAUAUUCACAUGUGAGGUGAAUCAUUCUGCAGCUUGCUUUUGUGUGCAUAACAAACAGAAAGAAACCAAAAAAAAAAAA